AUGGACGCCGCCGUCGCCGAGAAGGACGAGGCCGCGGCCGUGGCCGUCACGGCCGCUGCGAGGGAGGAGAAGGUGGAGGAGGCGGAGGAGGAUGGGCGAGCGAAAUCCAUCACGGCAGCUCACCGCCCGCAACCGCAGAUCGAAUCAAUCAGCACACGGUCUCUCCGCCCGCCACGCCACCAAACCGUCGUGAUGCCGCUCGCCUCCGCCCGGCCGCCGCCGUCGGAGCAGGGCCCGAGCGCCUCCCCCUCCUUUGCCCCGGCGGCGGACUCCUCCGUCGCAGCCCUCAUCAGCGGCGAGGUGGUGACGCCGAUGGUCGUGUUCGUCAACUCCAAGAGCGGCGGCCGCCACGGGCCCGGGAUCAAGGUGCGGCUCCACGAGCUCAUCAGCAAAGAGCAGGUGACGACCUGCACGAUCCAAGUAGCUCGGUAGAUUUCAUACAUGCACCGAGUAGUUUACUAUGCAGAUAAUUUCUUUUUUGAAGCAAAGGGAUUGCUCCACCUAUUUUCAUUAGGGAAACUAGCCCACUACAGAGACAGUAUAUCCUAUCUAGGUCUCUCUAUUUUCUUCUUACGUAGCUUUUAGUCUGUAUUUCCUUGAUAGAUGAAACUAUGGAGCGAAACAUGAGUUGUACUGUCAA